AUGGUUUCUGAGUGGCGGCCAUGUCCAGGGUGUAGGCUCAGUGACAGUAGUGGUAAGGGCACCCAGUGUACUAAUAUUGUUGAAAACUUUGGGUACACCCAUGUAAAUGCUAGUGAUCUUCUCCGAGCAGAAAGAAAUUCUGGUUCCGAGAAUGGGACGAUGAUUUCGAACAUGAUUAAAGAAGGGAAAAUUGUACAAUCAGAGAGUGUUAAAAUUUUACUAUCACACUUUAAUGUCUCCCAGACUGGAAUUGAGCCUGAGUUUGUGCUCUUCUUUGAUUGUCCUGAACAAGAGAUGGAGAAACGCCUUUUAGGUCGUAACCAGGGAAGAGAAGAUGAUAAUAUUGAAACAAUAAGGAAGCGAUUCAAUGUUUACAUGGAAUCUGGUCUACCUGUUAUUGAAUAUUACCGGUCCAAGGGGAAGGUUCGAAAGAUUGAUGUUGCAAAGCCUGUUAGAGAAGUAUUUGAAGCAGUUAAAGUUGUUUUUGCCCCAGCUAAUGAGAAGGCAAACUAUUAAUGAUGGUUUAGUGAAUGUUAUAAGGAUAUGAAGACCUAGUAACUUGCAUGAAAAAUGAUAUCUGGCGUUUGUAGUGUAACUAGGAGGUAAAUGUCCUGUGUUGCAAAUGCUAGGGCUUGUGCAGAGCUAGAUCUCUUCUACAUUAUGAGAUUAGUAAAUUAACACUUGGUGUUGAGAAUCCUGUGAACUUGUUUGAAGUGAUGCGGGAUAGUUGUCAUUUUUUUUAGGCAUAAUACAUAAUUAUGAUCAUUAACUUGGCUUCAGCUGGCAACUAUGACCUCUAACUUUAUUAGUACACAAGUAGGCACUUUAACUAUCCAAAAUUUGAAGAAAUAAACACAUUCGUCCUACAUGGCAUCUUACAUGACAGUUUUAUGUCCCACGUGGCAUCCUACGUGUAUUUUGCCAUGUAGGACACGUGUGUCUACUUGUUCAAUUUUAUACAAGAUUAAGUACCUACUUGUGCACACUCAAAGUUGGAGGGUAUAAAUGUGAAAUGAAGCCAAGUUAACAGA